GAGAAAAGCAUAGGGAUUAGAUAAUGAAUUGUGGCGCGUUUCAUUCUUCAUUCGGAGGGAAAAGAAAAUAAAUGGCUUCUUCAACUUCUUCUUCUUCUUGCCUCUUCCCCUCUUUCAUCUCAUCCAGCGCCAAACGCGUCCCAAUCCAAAUCUUCUUCAAAUUAACAAUCCCCAAAGCUUCUUCACAAGUUCACUGCCAGUGUCGUUCAAAUUCCAAUUCUUAUUCAAAUCAAUCUCACGGAAUCGAACGCCGUUGGGUUGAAGCAUUCGAUCAAUCCCUCGCAUCGCCGGAGAGAUUCACCGUAGCGUCGUAUAACAUACUUGCUGAUAGAAAUGCUUCGCAACAUUCUGAUUUAUACGUUAACACUCCUUCUCGUUAUAUCAAUUGGGAUCGUCGGAAAAAGAUUCUUUCUGAUGAAUUCUUUGAAUGGAACCCUGAUAUUAUCUGUUUACAAGAGGUGGAUAAGUAUUAUGAACUCUCAAAUAUUUUGGUUAAGGCAGGAUAUGCAGGAUCUUAUAAGAGACGCACUGGAGAUACAUCUGACGGUUGUGCAAUGUUUUGGAAAGCUGAUAAGUUCCGGUUAUUAGAUGGAGAGAGUAUUCAAUAUAAGGACAUCGGCCUUCGUGAUAAUGUUGCUCAACUUCUAGUUUUUGAGAUGCGUGGAUCUAACUCAAGAAGAUUGUUGGUUGGUAACAUCCACGUACUUUAUAACCCAAACAGGGGUGAAGUUAAAUUAGGUCAAAUUCGUUUUCUCGCAUCAAAAGCACAGAUCCUCUCACAAAAAUGGGGUAAUGCCCCUGUAAUCCUUGCUGGUGAUUUUAAUAGUACUCCUCAGAGUGGAAUAUACAAGUUCUUGUCAUCGUCUGAGCUUAAUAUCAAACUAUAUGACAGAAAUGAGUUAUCUGGACAGAAACACUGUCGUCCUGCUCAUGUUUUAGACAGGGAAAAAGAAGCAGUUGGUUCAUUUAUUUCACAAGAUGGAUUGUUAAACUGCUGGACAGAUGAAGAGAUAAACACUGCAACCGGUGAUUCUGAGCGUCACCUGGCUGUGCAUCCAUUAAAGUUAAAUAGUUCGUAUGCCACAGUCAAAGGUUCAGCUAGCACACGGGGAUUCAAUGGUGAACCCUUGGCAACUUCAUAUCACUCAAAGUUUAUUGGUACUGUAGAUUAUUUAUGGUACUCUGACGGUAUUGUACCUACAAGAGUUCUCGAUACGGUGUCAAUCAGUGACCUUCGAAGGGCAGGGGGCCUUCCAUGCAAGAAAGUGGGAAGCGACCAUUUGGCCUUGCUGUCUGAAUUUUCCUUAGUUGCCCAAAAUGAAUCUAGAAACUUAGUUGCAACAGCAGCAUCACCUAGAGUAGGUAUUGAAGAUCGUGACUAUCUGCAGUCUUAGGAAACAAGUUUUUUUUAGUCAAAACAUAAAAAAAGGAAACAAGUUUUUCUUUACAUAUUUACUUAUACUUUUGACUAUGUACCUAGCUCAAAUAUGUACAAGUGGGUUGUAACUUAGGUAAAGGUUGAGGUUCAUAUAAUGGUAAGAAUUUCUCAACGUGACUCAUUUAUAAAUGAGAAGUGCAAGAAAAAAUCCAAAUAGAAAUUGAAUUUUUGCCUAAUAGGCCAUAAUUGUCUUGGA